CGGGGGGGGGGGUUCCUGGGCGCGUCGUCAAAAAUCUAGUUUAUUAACCUUAAACGCACAGCUGAGCUGGACAUUGAACCGGUCGAAGGGGACAGUUGGCUCGUUUUUCUGCGUUCAGCGCAUCGGGGAAGAUCGAGCUCCAGAAACGUAGCGCGCAUCCGGGUAAUGACCUCACACCCAUCUGACCGCCGUCUCACACACCGCUCUUAAGCUCCCAGCCUUGUCGACCUCCUUUCCGCUGGAGCUUCCGCGUGGCCUUCUCGCAACCUCUCGCAACCUAUGGCAACGUCUCCGCGCGCUCCCACACGGCGAUCGGACACGUGACGCUCCCGUCGCUUCGGCUCGUGCUGUUCGAGGUGUUUUUUAUUUUUUUUCCUGGACAGCGACCGGGCAGACGUGUGAGACUACUCGGGCGUCACGUGACCGUUCCCCACGCGCGUCCUUCGUGGAACGGCCGGUCUGCGCGGCGCGAAUGAGGCGCUGAUUCUCCACUCCAGCGGCCCUUCGGGAGCUCAUCAUUAUCAUCAAUCAUCCUGAUCAUCCUUCACCAGCCGGACAUGUUCAGCUCCAGCCUGCCCCCUGUGGGCCACCUCCCGCACUGGCCCCGCGUCGGCGGGCUGCCCACCGCGGAGCGGCCCCGGCUCCUGAGACCCGCCCCCGGCUCGGAGCCCCGGGCCACGAGUCCCCCGCACGGCGAUCGCGAGCACGAGCACGAGCAGCAGCGCGAGCAGGAGCAGGAGCGCGCGGAGCUGCGCCUCUCGCUGCUGCACAGAGACAUCAGGUUCCUGCAGGAGCAGCACAAGGAGACGCUGGAGAAGCUGCACGAGGAGCUGGAGCACCUGCGUCGGGACAACAAAGAACUGCAGUACAGACUCAUCAUGGAGAUUCCCCAACCGCAAGGAACAACAACCCCUGGCUCCAUCGAGAGUGAGGAAGCCCCACGGCAGGAAACAGAGGGUCCACAGAAGGCAGAAGACAACCUGGACCAACCUAUUCCGCAGGAGCCCAAUCUCAGAAUGGACAAUGAGGGCGACCCCACGGUCAAGUCCAAGCAGGAGCCUGAGUUGACCUUGAGGAGGGGCCUCAUCACCUCCCUGCAUCCCGUGAGGAUCCACAACAGCCCCUCGCAGCCCCCCCGUGCCCCCACCCUGCAGGAGUGUGAGGUUAUCAUCCAGCAGCUUUACCACACCAACAGCCUGCAGUCCCAAGAGAUACUACGUAUGAGGGCCAUCCUACAAAACAUCAUAUCCAGCAAAAAGGUCACCCCGGAAGCAUUCGUCAUGACCAAGGCCUUUAUUACCGACCACCCCAGAGCUAAAGAGCAGGAGAGGUUUCCCGAACUGCCACGUCGGCCCCUGCCCAGAAGAUUGCCCGAAUUGCAGUCCAGUGUGGGCGGGAGGCUCUCCCUGCCCCCUCUCAAGCAGAGCCUUGGCAGCAGUGUCGCCGAGCGCCAGAAGAAGGUGCAGGCCCUGCAGAGAGGCAGACUGCGCAGGACGGUGCACUAAGAGGGACAAACGGGG